AUGAAUAUUGAAUGGGCGGUGUCCUCCGGAGUAAGAUGUGGGACUGAACUGAGCUGGGUCCUUAGCCACGUAAGGAUCGACGCCACCAAAAAGGUUCGCGGAACAAUAUCGAUAUGGAAUCGGAGUCAGACAGUAUCCUCCUUGGUCAUCCCCGCUUCAUGGGUUCUCGAGUAUCAUAGUCGAUACAUGUCUAACCCUAAUAAACUCCAACUCUGGUCUAUGCAAGGGUUUGUCACACCAGCUAUCCUUCGGGGAAACCAAGAAUACGAGCGGCAGGAUCGGACUGGUUUUGAGAAGCGGAUGCGUGACAGUGUCAAGGAGAUGCUCAUAGGGCCGCGCGGACGAAUCCUCCUCUAUUCGAACAGAUGGGAUUCAGAACUACGGAGGAAAGAGAGUAAAACCAAGGCGCAACCUGCGGCCCCAACGAAGGGGGGAUGUGAGGUGGUUAUGCUCACCAGCACAGAAAAGAGGUUAGAACAUGGCUCGGAAAUGGCUAUCCCUAUCCGACAACACCGAGGUGUAGGGUACAACCCUCCUGCUGGAAAACCCAUCGCGCCACCUCCACCUAGCUGCAAACCUUCCGACCAACACCGACGCAAAGCAGGAAUUGAGAGUGAAAAGUAUGACGAGACAUCCCUCCAAGUCGACAUUCUGAGCCAAGGACCUGACCGAGUGUGCUACGAAAAAUGUGAAUGCCAAAGUGGCACCCACUGGCGAGGACACACGUUAUCCAUCUGGUCACACGUAGCUCCGACUCCGAGGAACGAAAGAAUUGGGCUCUUCGUAGAGAGAAAUUCACAUUCUGGAGUGAGCAUCAUUGCAGGGAAGGUCAACUUGUCUGCUCUCCCAACUGUAUGGGAUGAGAGAGCGCCAAAGGUACCACUUCGUCGAUUGAUGCACGAACAUUGA